CUGUUUUUUUUCCCUAGAUCCAUACUACGGCCGUUUUUUUUUCCGUGCUUCGACUGUCUCGCUCGGUUGCCUGUUGUCCGUUUUCUCUAUGUAGUUAUUUUCAACCACCGCACCCUCCGCCCCCAUUUUUUCCUCGAUCUGCGCUCAGUCUCCUAACCCAUCCCGGCCGGUGGCUGGUCAUCGAAAUGCAUCUUCAUCCCACCCGCUGGUGACCAGCCCGAACCGCAUCGCACCGUGCCUUCCCCUCUUCGCAACGUUCCUACAUCCAGUUUCCCCCCUGCCUUGUCCCUGUCACCCCCUCCGUCUCUCCCUCUCCAGCCCGCAGCCCUUCCUCGGUCUCCUCCGUCGUCUGCAAUAUAAGUAUUCCCCUCUGAACCCAUCCCGCCCGUCUGUCCGCUCCCCUCACCUUUCCAGCUUGCUCCCGUUUCCUUCUCAGCCUUCUCAUUGUCCGUUAAUUAUAUCUGCAAUUAUUUUACACGCCUGUAAUUCACCACCAACCACCCUAACAAUCACUGCCCUCUUGCUUCCAACAGCCAGCCAGCCAUCUCCCAACUAUUAAUUAAGCGCCCUUACGUGUGACUGAUUGGUGGUUUUCCAUCAUCAUCUCACCCAACGCCCCCAAUCCCAACACACCGUCUCUUCCCACCGCCGCUCGUCAUUCUUCUCCUGCUCUGUCAUAGUGUAGCCAACCAACCUUCCUUUUGGUGCAUAGAUCAUCCCAGGCACCACCAUCCUGCCCUCUUGAUCUUUUCCACUGCGGGCCCUCAACACAUUUCCCUCAUAACAUUUACCUUGCCGGCCCCUCAUCCGGCAUAUCUAUCACCAUUUCAAGUAGAUAUUGAAAAAUUGUUGUUGAAGUUUUUUUUAACUCGCCGUCCAAUCAAGUUUGUUCUAUCGUAACGGUGUUCUGCCAUCCGGCCCUGAUUUCCUUGAGUACAUUCUACUAUUCGUACCAAUCCUGUUAGAUCAUGUUGGAAGGCUCGUUCCGGCCGUCAUCUUCGGCGACCGGCCUCCAUCCUCAGUAUCCUAUCCCCAAGUCUGGCUACGCCGAGCAACCUUCCCCCGCCGCCAACAUGCGCAAGGACCACCCUGGUCCCUCAUUCACGCCUGUUCACGAUCGGCCGCUUUCGUCCCACUCGCCAGACUAUGAGUCUGAAGACCAUCAGCAAUCCGGUUCUCCACCCGGCCACGCCCCCCACUUCUUUAAAUCUCACCCGUCCAUGGCCAGCCACCCGCAAUCCAACCAGAGCUCCGUCCAUCAAGCCGCUUCCGAACUACCUCAGUCUUCUUCGAUACCUAAGCUAGAUGGCAGGCCUCCCCAGGAGGUGGCCCCAAAGAAUUCCAACAUUGGUCCCGUGCGGGCCAAGAAAAAACCUGCCGGCUCGGCUUGUAACAGCUGUCAUCGUCUCAAGACGCGCUGCUCCGGUGGUCAUCCGUGUGAUCGGUGCGCGGCCCACAAAGUUGCAUGCCAGUUCGACCGGGACCUAAUCUACCGGUCCCCCCUGGCCUCGAGCUCCCAGCAGGCCUCAGCACGUAACGCUCAUGCUAUGAGUAAGGGGGAGACCGCGCCGGCCGGAAAGCCCCGGUCCCGCUCCGGCCCUAAGGCCGGCCGUAAAUUCCCACCGGCUUCAAACCCAGGCGCCGUCUCGCAGUCUGCCCCCACCGCCCCCAUGCUACCCAUGGCGUUGCCCCAGGUGACUCAACUUUCAGCUCCCUCGUUGCCCACACUCUCUGCCCCGAUCGCACACCAACCCGGUUCAUUUUCGGCGGCGCCACCCAAGCAAGGCAACAAGUCAACCCCUAUCUCUACUCCCCAACCUCCCGAAGGUUAUGCCAACUACGAGCCAAAUUUGUCCCAUCCAAACGGUCUCCAUGUUCGCCUGGCUGCGCUAGAAAAUAGCGUUUCCGGACUGCUUCAAGUUCUCCGAGCCCACCAGUCCACCAACCCCAGUUUUCUCCCACCUGCGGCUGAGCCUCGACCUCCCCUUUCGCCACCCACGCCCCCAACUUUGGUGGUGUCGGGUUCUUCUUCGACUUUUGGUCCUGAGAAAGACCAACCCAAUGACCCUAACAGAUUGGGCGCCCCUUGCGCCACUUCUGGACUUGGGGAUCCCCUAUCAGAAGGCAUCCUGCCUGCUAUGCAGUUGCAGUAUUUGUACGAUGUUUUCGUAGAGUUUUGCCUGCCCAGCCUACCCAUCCUUCAUGCAGUUCAAAUAGCUUCAAUUCGAGCUCGAUCUUCCUUUUUAUUCAGCGUCAUGGUGGCUAUUGGGGCUCGGUUUUGCUCUUCCCAAUCUGUUGCUCACAUACCCCCCAAGAACUGCUUGAUGUCCAACUCAACAGGAGCUAGAGUUGAUCUUUCCCAGGUAACAAUUGACGAGGCGACAUAUGCUCGUUUGGUCACCCUCGCCCACCAACACCUAUCUAACACUCUUCUCAAAGCUACUCACAGCCUAGAGGACGUCAGAGCGAUACUCUUCUUAGCCUGUUGGGCCCUGGUGUCUAAUGAGGAUCCCAACGGGGCUCCCAACCGAUGGGUGCUCAUUGGCCAUGCAGGUCGCAUUGGCCGUUCGAUCGGCUUAGACCGCUGUACAUCUGAACUGCGGGGGUCCAGCGACAUUUGGAAUAACCCCGAGCUUCAUGAAACGCGCCGCGUGCAGUUAGAUGCGAUCAAGACUGAUCAUGCGUUGCAAGCCAUCGAAACAAUUCUGAGCUCAAACCUUCGAUUAGAGCCGAGUCGUGACUAUUUCCCCCCUCUACACGUGGCCACCGAACGAGAACCGAGUUUUACAAUCGUCAAGCUUUCCAACGGCUCUCCUUCGCAGUAUGACGUUGUUAGUGCCGCCCAGAUCGAAUCGCUUGCCGAGUUGGCCGAGAUUUGGGCGGCAGCCAACUCCUUCUUAUCAGUAGCCGAUGACCGAAGCCGCAACCUGACCAGCGAGCAGCUCAUCGAAUUGGGCGAACAUCACAAUAAAGUGAUGGAUGCAUGGGCGAAAAAAUGGACUUGGCAUGGUUCUUCUUGGGCUCCAUUACUUGGUGCCAAUUUACGAACCAUUAGACUCCUGUCCGAAUCUCUGCGAAUCACCCUCAAUCUAGCUUUUACCAACGUCUUGUAUGCCAUAGCUGCUGUUAGUAGACUUCCUCCAAAAUUUCACGAAACAUUGGCCAUGGCAAUCGAAAGGGUCAACGGUUCGAGUACAGCUGUGAUUCAAGCCCAUCGAGACUCAGUCCGAGAAGGCUUCAGCUUGGCGUUUGCCCCGGAUUUGGUAACCGAUGGUCUCGUUUCCGCUGCCAUCACCGUUUUGCAACUUGCAUCACCGAUCGGGCUGCCUGCGAUGAUCGGAAAGCCGAGUGGUAAAGAAAUCAAGAAGCGAACCCUGAAUCCAAGUGGAUCUUCUUCGAACCUCGAAAAUCUUGCUCGCGAAGAGCGACUUCCGACACCCCAAUCCGGUGAAGACAGAGCGGAUGUCGACAUGAAUGAGGCUAACGCUUCCAGCUCUGGCGGUCCUCAGCCCCAUAUACUCAUGCGACCCUCGCAUGAAUCCAGAGCCUCCAGUCCAAGUAGCACUCCUCGCCGGCUCUCUAAAUCAAGUUCACCUCGUAUGGCUUUCUUUUCAGCGGAUGGUAUCGCAGGAGGUAACCAGAUGCUUGGUAAAAAAUGCUUCAUGGAACCCCCUGUCGCAGCACACUACAUCAGAAUGGCAACAGAUGUCCUUCAGUCGAGCGAUAGAUCCCAAACGCGAUUGGGCACCAUCAUGGCGAGCAAGAUAAUGAAGUUGGCCACUCAAGCUGGUUUGAUGGGAUCUCCCAGCUCAUCAAAUUUAGUGGGUCCCACCUCAAAUACCAGUCACUCCCCCGGUGGUGGUAUGGUGUCUCAUGACGAACGCCCCUCGAUUUCUUCUACAUCGUCACUUUCUUCUACGAGGCACGCGACAAUUUCGAGUGCCGAGCACCCAGACGUCAACCCUCACCCUAAAUCUAAGCAGGACGGUGUGAUUGGGUUAGACAGCAGAGCCACCGACGUUUCUAACCCAGAAUCCUCUUUAAGACAAGCCGAAGAUGACGAUGAAAUUAGCGGUGAAAACAUUCAUACAGCCUCGCAGCAAAGGGCUGUCCUGAUUGCUCAACCUGGGCCGCAAGACCCCGACUUCCACGACGAUGAGAACGAGGAUGAGCCAACGGAGGGAAACGAGAUGGCCGAUGAUAAUUGUGAUGGUGAUGGUGAAGCAGAUGAGGAGGACCAAAUAACCGGGGAUUCUUACUCAGCUAUUCAUCAUGAACAACAACCCUCCGAGAAAGAUGGGCAAGACAUGAUGGAAGAAGAUCAGCAGUAGUCCUUUGUUUUUUCUUCCACCAAUACGGUCUUCAUUUGUUGUUCAAUUUUGUGCUUCUUUCAAUAUAUUUGUUUUCACACUUUCUAUUUUUUAUGUUUUCAAAAUGCCAUUGCUAAUACUGUUAGCCUUGGGAACUUCCUCUGUAAUAAAACAAUUACCUCGCUGCGUGAUUACGCAGCUACUUGUAGCGUACAAUGAGGCCUAUGUAAUUUUGCUGCUGUGAUACUGCUAUUCCCUUACACCUGAUGUUUUUGUUAUGUUUGAAAAGUCUGGACUUCCAUAGAAAGAAAGCUAUAAUUCAUCUUAA